AUGGAAUGUCUUGAUGGGCUGGCCCAUCUACAGGCCGUUCUCGAAGGAGCUUAUGAAGCUGCUGCGCAGGCCGUCUUCGGUGUGCGUUGGUGGCCGAUUGUGUCGUGGGCUUCGUUUCUAAGAGCUGUGCCCUUUACGGCAACAGUCCUGGCCGCGUGCAACGGCCACAAUGAGCUUUGCGGCAAGAGAUAUUCAGAGGUGACGUUUGUGGGAAGCCACAACAGCGCUUUUGUCGGCAAUACACCUAUGCACAACCAGUAUGUAUCUGUGACGGAUCAGUUGAACCUUGGUGUGCGGUUCUUGCAGGCACAGACACACAACAAGUUCGGAACUAUUGAGAUGUGCCAUACCUACUGCUGGGAAUUGGACUCGGGCACACUGAAGAAGUACCUGCAGGAGAUCGCAGACUGGAUGAACCGCAACCCGAAUGAGGUUGUUACGUUGCUUCUGACUAACGGCGAUGCUAUUCCGGUUCAGAGGUUUGACGCAGUCUUUCGGAAUACCGGUCUGUCGCAAUAUGCGUUCCAUCCAAAGGCUGUGCUGUCAAAGGGCCAGUGGCCGACGCUGCAACAGCUUCUUGACGCGAAGACUAGGCUUGUUGUCUUUAUGGAUCAAUCCAAGGUUGACUACAUCAUCAACGAAUUCGACUACUUCUGGGAGACUCCAUACGGCAUCACAGACAAGGACUUCCCCACGUGCAGUGUCAACCGACCAAGCAGAGGGGAUCCGAACAAGCUCAUGGGCAUAAUGAACCACAUGCUGAAUAUCAAGAUCGGCGACAUCGUGUUCCCGGAUCAGGUUGACACUAAGACGACUAACUCAGUCGACUCCAUCACAAAGCAGGUCGACAGGUGUGAGAGCCAGGGCAAGCCUCAGCCCAAUGUGAUUCUGGUAUGCGAAGCACAGCAGGCACAGUUGAAGUUCAACGGUUUGGCAUGA